UCGCUUGGGGUGCUGACUGCUGUCGUUUAACACAAUGCAGUCGCAGGACAAGCGUCCUAGGCAGGUGGACUUGGCCUCUUUAGAUCCCUCGGCGCGAGUCAAACAACUAGCUAACUAUGGAGCCAUGGUGGAGGUGGACCCUAACGUGCCUCCGAGGAGAUACUACCGGUCAGGCUUGGAAAUGGUCCGUAUGGCAAACGUAUACCUAGCAGAGGGCAGCCUCGAGAACGCAUACAUCUUAUACAUGAAGUUCAUGACGCUGUUCCUUGAGAAGAUGCGGAAGCACCCGGAGUACGCAUCGGUGCCGGCGCAGGUGAAGAGUGUGAACCAGGCCAAGCUGAAGGAGGUGAUGCCUAAAGCAGAGAAGCUUAAGCAGAAACUAUUGGAGCAGUUUGCUAAAGAACAUAAGCUGUAUCAGGAUAAUGAGGUGAAGAGGCGUUUAGCAGAGGAACAGAGGAAAAAGCAAGAACAAGAUGAUGCCAGGUUAGCGGAGAGACUGCAGGCCGACGAAGAUGGACGGGAUCACCCGCAUUUGAAGGAUGCAGACAAAUGGGCGGUGUCCCCGUCCGCGCCGCCCGUGGACGGCGUGCUGUACCCGGACGACUUCGCGGCCACGCCGCCGCGCGCGCCGCCGCACCACUACGACCCCGCGUCGCCACUUAUCCCGCCUUCGCACCAAGACAGCACCACAACAGGUCUUGUGCCAGGCCUGUGGGGCCUACGCGCCGUGGUGGUCCCCGCGGGCCUGAUGGCGCAGUUCCUCCGGCUUGCCCAGCCCAACACUCGCAAGGACGUCGAGACCUGUGGCAUUCUGGCUGGCAAACUGGAGCGUGAUCAGCUGAAGAUCACGCACGUGAUCGUCCCGCAGCAGACGGGCACCGCGGACUCGUGCAGCACCAACAACGAGGAAGACAUCUUCCUGUACCAGGACCAGAACAACCUCAUCACGCUGGGCUGGAUACAUACGCACCCGACUCAGACUGCGUUCCUCUCAUCGGUGGACCUGCACACGCAGUGCUCCUACCAGCUCAUGAUGCCCGAGGCCAUCGCCAUCGUGUGUGCGCCCAAAUACAACGAGACUGGAUUCUUCGCCCUAACCCCAAACCACGGUAUGCAGUACAUCACAAACUGCCGACAGGUCGGUUUUCACCCGCACGCGGAAGACCCGCCGCUAUUCUAUACGGUCGACCACAUUCGCAUCGACCAGUCGGCGUCCGUAGAAAUGGUGGAUCUCCGGAGAUGAACGGACUGACACUUAGAUUUAUGUACCCGUAGGUAUAUGCCUGAUUGGGAAACUAAUCCGUCAUCGAUCUA